UACCCGAUUGACUCGCGCUGACAUGUUUUCACGUGUUUAUAGCGACGACUGUCUGUACACGUUUUAAGUCGCUUUACGGGUAUUAAACGACCCAACAAAUGAAUGAGUAUCAUACUUUGUAUUCGAUAAGUUAAGGAAGUCUUGUUUUCGUUUCACACUGGAUAUAUUUUUAAUAUUUUAAGCACAUUCCACCUUCAAACUAAGAGGAUAUCUCUAACGUUCGGAAGAUGACGGGCCAGCUAACUAUUCUUCAUCACGGAUGGUCCUGGUUCAAGCGGAAGUUCAUGUCCAUAGUGAACACCCUCCAGUUUCUCGGAUGGACCGCCCAGUUCGUGAUCCUCGUUGGACUCGCCAUAUUGGCCACCUGCGUAAUCUCGUUCCAAAUCCCAUACAUGCACGACAACGAGACGGUGGUUCACUGGAUACGCGCGCUGCUGAGUUUUAUAGUGUUCGAAGUUUAUCUACAGUGGCUGUGCUUGAAACUCGUCACAAACACGUAUCGCCCUUUCAAGCACGGCGCGAUCCCAGAGGGCGUCAGUCUGGGACAGAAACUGGGCGUGUCAGAGAGUGACCACGAACCGCAGCACGUGAGUAACGGUAUCAGCAACGGCAAGAGCAACGUCAGUGACGUUAACGAGAACGGCGAUUUGAUACGCGUUCGAAACACCGCUAACGACCCAGCCAAGAAGAACGUUAUGUACGUAGCUACCGAGUUUCCAAUGGAUAGCAGCGACGAAAUCAAGCGAACGGCGUUUCCCUACUUCUCGUGGGCGCCGUGCAUAAUGUGCAACCGGCCACGACCGCCUCGCUGCCAUCAUUGCUCCGUGUGUAACGUGUGUGUUCUCAAGCGUGACCAUCACUGCUUCGUCACGGGCGUCUGCGUAGGCUAUCGGAACCUCCGCUACUUUGUCACGUUCCUUUUCUGGGCAGUCGUAGCGACGUCGUUUGGUCUUUAUUACUGGAUUCCAUAUUAUUACUACGAAACGCUCAAGUAUACAAGUAUAGUGGACUUGUUUUUUCCGAUCGCCAUAUUACGAGCCGCUUUAGGCUACAUCCGGUGGCAACAUCCGGCGCUUAUAGCACUUUUAUGGUUGUUGACGCUGUUUUUCAUUUGGUCCCUUGGUUUUUUCGUGUUGACUAUAAAAAAUAUCAAAGUCGGCAAAACGACGAAGGAAGUUGACUUCAAUAUAGAUUUGAAAGAUAUUCGGACAUUGUCUGAGAAAAUAGAAUCUGUGUUCGGGAAGUAUUGGAUACUAAAUUUUCUUGUACCAAUGCAUUUUGUGUUCGAGCCUAAAGACGACCCCGUAAAAUGGCCAUUUAUAAAAACGUAUUAAUUACUGAAAUUAACGUUGCCAUAAGUUAAUAAUAUUUUGAAUUUAUAAGUAAACAUGAUGUUAUUUUAUUUAUAUUUUGUUUUAUUUUAUCAAUAAACUUAUUAAAAUAUC